AUGCCGUCCCAGAUCAUAAGUCAAUCCUGGAGUGGAAAAGAUGGGGCCUAUGACGAAGACACCUACCCUCUCGAUGGUAUACUGGAAAGAAGUGCUGUUCAGAAUCUCUCCCCCAGCAAUUCUGCAGAAGAGAAGAAUGCUUAUGUCUGGACGGUCAGCGCUUUUGAUGACGAGAAUAAAGACCUUAGCCGAGGUUCAUUCACGACAAUGGCCCAUGCGAGCACCAACGGGAGCGUCGAGAACGACGACUAUAUAAGCAGAGUCAAUGAGGCAUCCGUGUAUCUCAAAAAUCACCUUCGGGACAAUCAAACUCAGUGGGGCCCAACAUGCGCAGAAGAAGGGUCUCCGAGGGCUCUGGUAGAAGCGGAGAAAUCAACUUUCAAAGAUUUGGUAGAAUCGAAUCCUGAUCGAUAUGGCGACAUCGGUCUGAGCAGUAUUGACCAUGAUAUCAUGCUCCAACUCAUGCUGUACGAUGAGGAAUCAUCUGUCUUUUCACAUGACGAAAACAACAGAAAGUUAGUCGCUGAAAUGCCGCUCGUGAGGGACGAUGACGAUACCCACGAGCCUUGA